GCGAGAAUGAGGGCGGGAACGAGGGCGGGAAGGAUAGCGACAACGAGGGCCGGAACGAAGGCGGGAACGAAGGCGGGAACGAGGGUGAAAACGAAGGCGAGAACGAGGGCGGGAACGAUGGCGGGAACGAGGGUGAAAACGAAGGCGAGAACGAGGGCGAGAACGAGGGCGGGAGCGAGGGCGGGAACGAGGGCGAAAACGAGGGCGGGAGCGACAGCGGGAGCGAGGGCGGGAACGACGGCGAAAGCGAGGGCGGGAACGAAGGUUGGAACGAGGGCGGGAACGAGGGCGGGAACAACGGUGAGAGCAAGGGCGGGAUCGAAGGCAAAGGCGAAAAGAGGGCUGAAGUGAAAAUGGCCUCGGGCGGGGGCGAGGGCAGGCGCGGGGGCGAGGGCGGAGACGAGGCCAGGCGCGGGGCCUGGAGCGAGGGGGGGCGCGAGGGCGAUAAAGAGGGCGGGACGCUGAG